GGACGUGGGAAGAAACCGCGCAGACGGACUUUAACGAGUGCAGACGAAUCGCGUCGAACCAUUCUCCAUCGCAAGCGCUUAAAAACAGCGUUGAACAGACGUCGCAGAUAUGCGCAGUAACUCUGACGUAGUAUCUCGCGAGAGUUCUGGCGUGAAGAGGAAAAAUAAACGACGCAGCCGCCGUGGCGGACGAAAAGUGCAAGAACGACGACAAAAAGCGAUCAACAGGGAAUUGGAAGCAGCAAACGCGCAGUAUCUUGCGUAUGAGGCAGCGCCAGUCCCUGAAGACCAGCAAAACACGCCGACGAUAGAAAUUAUUGAUUUGUGCGAUGAUUCUGACUGCGACACAGUCAAAAUUCCGCGACCGCCAACACCAAUCGAGGUGCUUGACACGCGUACCGCGCUUAGCGUAUACAACCACGACAGCAUUCCCGACGAGAUAUUGUUGUCAUUCGUGAAAAAUUUUUCAAACGGUGUACCAAACGAAGUACCACAGGACAUCGCCUGGUGGUGUACCUUUAUGUACGAGAACCAAUAAACGGAAAAAGGAAUUUUCAUAUCAUUCGUAAGUAAGUAAACUUAAUUACAAACCAUGGACACCCGAUCUAGAAAAACCCCAGAAACGUCGAAUCCCGAAAUCAUAUCACAACUCCGCAAUCAAAUGGCGGAACGCGAAAAACGCAUUACGGAAGAGUAUCGCAGACUCGAAACAGAACGUAGAGAAUUUGAAACCACGCGUCGUGAACGCGACGACGCACUCGCGGCAAUGCAAGCCAUGCGCGAGGAAUAUAAAACGAUCCUCGAUCGUCCGACGUUACCCGCACACGUCGAAUCUCCGGAACCUUGCCCGGAAUCGUUUAAUUUUACCAUGAAGGAAGCUCUCGCGACAAUCCCCACAUUCGAUGGCACGGAUUCGUCCAUACUUAGCUUCACGCGAGCGUGCAGACGAGCACGAGACUUAAUUCCUCCGAACGCAGAAAUAACGUUAACACGACUAAUUUCGAAGACGAGCGCCAUAAUACGGUAUCAGAACUUUGCAGCCGUCUCAAAGAUAUUUUCGGCCCGCAGAGAACGGUAGAUCACUACCGCGGCGAAAUGGCAAAUAUAUUCAUGAAAAAAGAUGAACACGUCAUCGACUUUAUAAGCCGCACGAAAGACAUUCGCGACGCAAUCAU